GGAGAUCAGAUAUAAUGAAUGCAGGGUGCGGGGAGACCAGAUAUAGUGAAUGCAGGGUCCUGGGAGACCGGAUAUAGUGAAUGCAGGGUCCUGGGAGACCGGAUAUAGUGAAUGCAGGGUCCGGGGAGACCAGAUAUAGUGAAUGCAGGGUGCGGGGAGACCAGAUAUAGUGAAUGCAGGGUCCGGGGAGAUCAGAUAUAGCGAAUGCAGGGUCCGGGGAGACCAGAUAUAGCGAAUGCAGGGUCCUGGGUUUAGUAACACUAAGUUCCUGGCCAUACCGGAAAGUAGCGCAUGCACUACUUCAGGUAGGACUUGCACAGACAUCUGUGUCUUGCAAGCUGCAGCUGUCUUGCAAUUCA